CUAACCCAUCUGCUGCCGCUGUGUGGCCUGUGUCACGGGUGCUCUAAGGUGAAGGUGCACCACUGACGUUACUCCUCUGUCGUCGGGCAUCAGUGUAAUUAAGAGAUAUUACGCACCAUUCUCCGUCGCCGUCUAUCCCUGUGCCAUCGCCGUUCUCUUGCUCUAGAUUUUGCGCCGCCGCUGCUGGGUCACGUACGCAAUACGCAGCUGCCUGCCACCAUUCAUGGACGUAUUAAAUUCCAUAGAUUCUGAUGAAUUAUUGAGUGACGACGGGGAAUUAGUGUUGGAGAAUUUUCCCCAUCCCUUUACAGAGGUUAAUUCUGAUGUUGAAGAAAUUAGUCCCAUAAAGCCACGAGCCGCUUCAGUCAAACCACCAAAACGUCGCUACCGUGGUCCGUAUCCACCCUUAGACCCGAGCCCCAUCUUACACUACAGGUCGUGCCUCUCAGUUUCCAAGUUUCAAAAGUAUAAGAAAUUUUUUCCGUCCACAGUGACUGUCCGAUGUCCAGAUUCGGAGGAUAUUGUAACCGAUCCUCCUAAGGGUCACUUUUUCGGGGUGCAUAUUCUUUCCAUAAAAUUAGGAUUCCGCUUUCCCACACACCCUUUGAUUAUCGAGUUUUUAAAUGAUCUUGAAAUUUCACCUUGUCACUUGACUCCGCUCGGUCAUCAAUAUCUGGUAGCUUUCCUGGUCCGGUGUGAGACACUUGGGAUUGAACCGUCCCUAGACCUCUUCAAGCACAUGUUCCGAGCUGGGCAGUGCUCGGCAUCUGAUAGUCUGUCCUGGGUGUCUAUCUCUCAGCGUAACCACUUUGACAUGUGGAAGGUCACUCGUAGCAACGAAGCCAAUUGGAAAGAAGAAUUUGUCUAUGUGUCGUCUGGAUCUCCGUUACCUUUUUCAUCGUCUUUGAAUUGUCGAUUUAAGAAGUAUUCGUACCCGAAACUUCCGGUUGACCAGGAAACAUGGCCGGCUAUGAUUCUUUCUGGAGGACCGUAUAGCCUCUCUGCCUUUACUUCCGAGGACCGCCUAACCACGGUUGGACUCUAUUCGCCGUCACCAUGUUCGGGUGCACACGCAUCCACGUCCACGGAUCAAGAUAUGACAUCGCGGUUGGAGAUGUUCCAAAGCUUCGACCAGGAUGGGCCUCGCGGUAGUGACCAGGGGCGCUCUGACAAGAAACCAAGGGUUCCCUCCGUCACAAAAGGCAAGGAUGCCAUUGUAACUGUGCCUUCAUCCAUUGCAAAACGCAGGGCCGCUAGCCCCGCAGCCCGUGUCACCCGUAGCAUGAGUGAUAUUCCCACGGCGGGGAUGACUACUUGGUUACGAGGUAACAUUGAGUUACCUCCGCUCUUAUCACAGGUGAUCACGGCGACUGAGAAGGAGAAAAUUUCAACACUUGACCAUGCUGCUUUAGAGAAGAGGAGCCACCAUGGCCUGGCCGAGCUACUGUUGUCCAUCUCCGAGGUGAACCGAAGGAAAGAUGAGCGCGAAAAAGAUUUGUCGCUACAACUCACCGAAUUAGCGAAGGAGGUGGCAUCGCUCAAGCUCGUGCGUGACUCACAUGCAGUCGAGGUCACUGUGCUUAAAGAAAUGCACGCCGUGGAGUUGGCCAAUGCAAGGGGGCGGGCCGUGGAUGCAUACAAGAAUUCUCCAGAGUUCGUGUCUGAUCAGGAAGCAUACAUUAAUGCCCACUUGAACGAUAUUAGCAAGCAUUGGUUGUCUACUCCGGAAGGUCGUGAGAAACUGGCCUUAGAGAGCUACAUCUCCUACCAGAUCGGGAUAUAUGCCACUCAACAGAAAGUAUAUCCUAUCUUGAGGGAUAAGGCUGGUACCUCUUGCAUCACUGAUUGGGGACUUCCUCCUGAGGUUCCCAACCCUGAGAUCCCGGUAGCCAACACGCCCCUGGACUAUAUUCCUUUUGACAGACUCCCCACUGAUGAGGAGCUUGGCGAUCUUCCUUCCGAGACAGAUCACCCAGCUUCGACUGCUUCUGUGCCUUAGAGCAUGCAUGGGAGUGACGGAUGGACGUAGUGUAGACUUUAAUUCUGUCAUGUCUUCAAUUACGAGUACCUGAAUUGCUAAACAUGUUUUGAAUUUCAUAAAAUAAUAAUGAUGCAUGUCUUAUUUUCCUUUCGCUA